UUUGCCAUCGAAAGCAGAUUCCGCUUCGUUGUGAGCGUCGAUGCUGUGACUUUCAGCGCAGUCAGCUGCUAUUUUGCAACGUAUUGCGAGGAUUUUUUAUUUUUUUUAUCGCACUCACUGGACAUUAAAUGUUGUCAACUUGCAAGCUCAGUUUGUCGUCUUUUCGCCGGGUGGAAGUCUCAGGCGACAGAAGUCUGGACCUCCUGUAUAUAAACAAAACGCAGCAAGCUGCUUCUUAAGGUGGCACGUCAAAGACAGCUGUAAAGGGGCUUCAGUCGUCGGCUUCCAGUUUGGCAAGUUAGCUAACUUCGUGUUAGUAGCUUUGCCAGUGAUGGGAAUAAACGUACAGCUCUGCUAGGAGUUCAACUCCAACAGGGAACCGUGCGAACAUGAGAGAAGAGGACAAUUUGCUGGUAGGAAGCCAGUCCAUGGCAAGCGAAAGAGGGGGUGAACGUUCCUGCAGCAGCCCCCGCUUGACUGAGGAGAAAAGACUAUCCAACGAGAAGGGUGACCUGAGGCCCCCUGGUUAUUGGUCCAGGUCUUAGUUGGAGAAAUUCGGACUUUCGAUAUGGAGACGGUGGGGAAAUUUGAGUUCAGUCGGAAGGACCUGAUAGGACAUGGCGCAUUUGCUGUCGUUUUCAAAGGCAGACACCAAGAGAAACUCGACUGGGAAGUGGCAGUAAAAUGCAUAAACAAGAAGAACUUGGCCAAAUCUCAGACGCUGCUGGGGAAGGAGAUCAAAAUAUUGAAGGAACUGAAACAUGAGAACAUUGUUGCAUUACUGGACUUUCAGGAAACUGCCAGCUCAGUGUACCUGGUAAUGGAGUAUUGCAAUGGCGGAGAUCUUGCUGACUACUUACACUCCAAAGGCACACUGAGUGAGGACACUAUUCGGGUUUUCCUGCAACAAAUUGCAGGGGCCAUGAAAGUCCUGCAGACCAAAGGAAUAAUCCAUCGGGACCUCAAACCCCAGAACAUUCUGCUCUCCUACCCACCGGGCAGAAAGUCUCAUUCCAACAACACCUGCAUCAAGAUCGCGGACUUUGGCUUUGCCAGAUACCUUCAGAACAACAUGAUGGCAGCUACACUUUGUGGCUCUCCCAUGUAUAUGGCUCCUGAAGUUAUUAUGUCCCAGAACUAUGAUGCCAAGGCUGACUUGUGGAGUAUAGGAACCAUCGUAUUUCAGUGUCUGACUGGUAAAGCUCCUUUUCAGGCCAGCAGUCCCCAGGACCUCCGGCUGUUCUAUGAGAAAAACAAGAAUCUGAGUCCCAACAUCCCCAGAGAGACUUCUAGCCAUCUGAGGAACCUGCUGCUCGGUCUGCUGCAACGCAACCACAAGGAUCGUAUGGACUUUGAUGAGUUUUUUACCCAUCCUUUCUUGGAUGCCAGCUCAUCCAUUAAGAAGUCCAUCCCUACAGUGACCAUGACCUGUUUGCCCAGUUCGGCAUCAGCCAGCUCUUGUAGCAGCUCCUCCACGUCUCACCUUGCCUCACCACCGCAGUCUUUAGCUGAGACUCAGCAACUGCGUGCCAAAGUUCUGGCCUCUCCAACGCAAGAGGCUGCAGGUUUUCUCCUGAAGGACUCGUCUGGAGCAGGCGGCAGCAGCAGCAAGAACUCCUCCUCUUGCGAUACAGAUGAUUUUGUCAUGGUGCUUGCUCAUUUUACAACAGGUGAACUGACUUGUGAGAGUAAAGUGCUGCAGGACAGUUUGAUGAACAGCGGCUCUCUUUUGGCUUCAGCUGGUCUGUGUAACCAAGCGAAAACACCACCGCACUCUCCUUCUUGCAGUGGCUCUCCAAGUCCUGUCAGGCCCACCGAGUUCCCUGGCAGUAAUUACUGUGGUAGCUGUGGAAACCAUGUUCACUCAUUGCCUAUCCCAGUUCCCACUCAGGUCCAGAACUACCAUCGCAUGGAGCUGAACCUUCAAUCUACCAAGCAGGAUGGCUCACCACGGUUGUCGACAGCGGUUCAUCGCGGCAGCAGUGGAAGCCUGGUGGGCCAUGCUAGAGCAGGACCUUUGGCCCCAUGGCAGGGAGCGGUCCCCUCCUCCCGUAGGCUUUCACUGGGAGGGACCAGAACAUUCCAGAUUUCUCCUCAAGGCCCGCAGCACGUUGAGUCGAGGCAGACGUCUCAGCAGCAGCCACAGGCACCAGGGCUCGGCACACGGCUCCACAGUGCCCCCUGUCUGUUGGAUUGCGCAACUGGCAGCAGCAGACAGAAAAUCAAGAAGCAGCAUUCAGACCCCGUCGCUGUCCCUCCAACUGGGCUGAUGACCGUCCGGCCGCUCCACUCUUCCCCCAGACUCAGUGAGCUGAUGCAGCGUAACCCUCUACCGACCAUCCUGGGAUCCCCGUCCAGGGCUAUCCCUCCUUUUGAAUUCCCAAAGCCGCCAAGUUCUCCAAACAUUGUGACGUUCCUGACUCAGAAGGGUUUGGUUGUUGGUUCGCCUGGCAGCAGAACUGCCCCAGGAGAGCUCAGAGACCUGGGACAACAAGCGCCGGCGCCGUCCACCCACCCAGCCUACUGCGUCCACAGAGUGAACGAUGAUGGCAGGAGCUUUGGAAGGUCACAGAGUGCCGGCCGUCUGUCUGACAUGCUGCUAAUGGCUGCGUUUGGAGCAGGACAUGCAGGAGAACGAGGCAGCAUGGAGAACCUGACCUCAGAAAAAGCCAUAGACAUAACAGCUCCUCCUGGUGGUGGCUUUGCACCUGGUUCUUGCAGCCCCGCACAGGUGGUUUUCACUGUUGGCUCUCCACCAAGUGGCAGUACCCCACCUCAGACCUCCAGACACAGGAAAUGUUCAGGCUCCUUCAGUUCAGGCAGUCCUGCAGGCUCGUUGACCAGUCACUACCCCCAAACAGGCACCUUUCCCGAAGGCUUUGAGGCCCCGCCCAGCCCUCGCUACAGUUUCACUGAUCCUAUCACCGCUAACAUGGGAGGCGCUGUGACCUUUGAGGCCCCUGAGCUGCCUGAGGAGACGCUGAUGGAGCAAGAGCACACAGACACGGUGCAGCGCCUGCGUUUCACUUUGGAGUUUGUGCUCUGUCUGAUGGAGGUGGCUAGCACUCGUGGGGCAGUCACAGUCGGGGGACAGGGAGACUUCUCUCACCCCGCUGUCCUUCAGCAGCAGAGCCUAGUGGCAGAUCAGAUAAGCUCACUGAGCCGAGAGUGGAGUCAUGCAGAGCAGUUGGUGCUCUACCUUAAAACCGCAGAACUGUUGUCUACUGCCUUACACACGGCCAUGGAGCAAGUUAAACAGGGCAAACUCUACCCCUCCUCUACUGUCAAACAAAUAGUGAGGCGGCUGAAUGAGCUGUACAAGUCCAGCGUGGCAUCUUGCCGCUCUCUCAGCACUCAUCUGGAACAUUUCUUCUCCAGGAAGCAUCGUCUAAUGGACCAAAUCAGCUCUAUCACAGCUGAGCGUCUGCUCUUUAGCCACACAGUGCAGAUGGUUCAGGCUGCUGCGCUGGAUGAGAUGUUCCACCAGGGGGAAGCGUCAAUCCUGCGUUACCACAAAGCUCUCCUGCUAAUGGAGGGCCUGUCUCUGCUCCUCACUGAACACGAUGACAUCCUUAUUGUUAGCAAAUGCAAGGAGUGCAUUGAACGUCGCCUCACAGCUCUGCAGUCGGGUCUCUGUGUUUGACUUGAGACAAACACAGACACAUAACUCUGAAACUAGUUAUGUGUCACAGUGCAAACCCUCCAUUUGCACUCGGAACUAACCAAAUCUCCACCCACAUUUUAUGGUUUCACAUAGAAAAGCUUUCGUUUUCGCAAGAAAACCACAAAGUUUACUCAGACACUGGAGGGUUUUGCGCAUGGAAGAUCUUUCAGUUUUCAGGGUUGGACUGUGACAGAAACAUCUCUACUCUGGAGGGUGGACCAGUAAUGGACAUAAGGAGGACUCUGCUGCUGAAGAUGGAAAUGCCAAGAAAAAGAUUUGCACCUAAUUACUGUUGGUAUAAUAAGAAGGAGCAGUUUUUGCCAAGUAGUCACAUUCCUUCAUGUUGUGCUUAUCUAGCAUAAGAAAACAGCUUUUUAGGAUUCAUUCUAGAUGGAGUGGGAUGAGAAGAUUAAUGCAGUAGAAGCUGCACAGCUGGUGAAAUGUUCUGAUAGAAACUCCCUGUGUCUAAAUAUUCCCAUAAUGUGUUUUUGGCUUAUAUUUCUAAUUUCCUCCCAUAUUUGUUCUGUAUCUUCUCUGAUUCUUUAAUGCUUUUUGACAGAAAGUACACAUUUAUAAAGCAUAGUGAAAUUUAAUCAGCAGAAGUAUGUACAAGCACUAUUACAAAACCACAACCAAAUUACUUUCGAAAGACUUGAAGUAGAUUCAGUGUCUGCCUCUGCUGUUUUGAUUAAAAAAAAAAACAUGAAUGAGUAAGAAUUUUCACACUGAGGUUGAGAGGGAAGUAUUUUAAUUCUGUUCAUGAAAAUUGUGACUUGCAAUAAUCGUAGAGAAAACAGGUCAGGUUAAUGCUCAAAACACCCAGUUCUAGUAUAGAUUUAUAUACAGAUGGGGCAGAAUCUGAUCCAUCUACAUUUGUCAUCACAAUCAUGUUAGCAAAAAUGUUGCAAUAAACUGGGCUGUACAGGUGCAUCUUGAUAAAUUAGAAUAACAUUGAAAAGUUCAUUUAUUUCAGCAAUCCAAUUUAAAAAAAAUAAAGUUAUUAAUUUCUGUUCAUUUUGAUGAUCAUUGCUUAGAGCGUUUUACAUUCUUUUAAAGGUUGCUGUAACCGUUUUGCCAAAUUUUGUCCUUCCACCUAACUUUGGUUACAUCACUCUGAGAAAACAGUUUUUUGUGAUUUCUUCACCGUGUGGAGGAUGCCAAUGACUGUGUGCUGAACAACGUUUGCUUCAGUAUCAGCCUUUAUCUGUUUUGCGUCAUUGACUCUUGUGUGUCUCAUCUUCCUCUUGGCAUUACUCCACACGUUCUCUAUGUAGUUUAGGUCAGGGGAUUUUGCUUGCUAACCGAUAACACAGUCAUUAAAAAUGGACCAUGACAAUUUCUUCCUUCUACGCUGUGAGCAGCUAGCUUUAUCUUUAAAAAUCUGCUUAUUUUGCUCACACUCCAUCUGUAUGAGCAGAAUAAAUAAGUUUAUCUUAACUAAGAUAAGUGCUUGAACAAUAUCACAUUGUAUGAAUGUGUAGAAAAAAUGAGUUUAUCCAAAUUAAUUUACUGAAAUGACUUUU